CCGUUGCUGUGGACGGAGAGACAGGGACGUGAGCGGCUAUUGAGGGCGGCCAGGGUGCCGGUGGGCUCCCCCAUCUGCUCGGUGUGCGGGCUGAGCUUCGAUGGAGGACCAACAAGUUAAAUUGACAUGUGUGGCAAGGUGUGGCGGUGCCUGAGCGAGCUGGAGGCCCACCGGCUGCUGCACACGGGAGAACGUCCCUUCAACUGCAGCAAGAGCUUCACUCACUACAAGUACUUGCAGGGGCACAACAGCAUGCACUCCAGCGAGAGGCCCUUCACCUGCUCCAACUGCAGCAUGAGCUUCAAGACGGCGAAUCACCUGAAGAUACACCGGCAGGUGCACACGGGCGAGAAGCCCUAUGGCUGCUCCACCUGCGACAUGAGCUUUGUCCAGUUGUCGGGGCUAAGGCAGCACCUGCUGGUGCACAGCAGUGAGCGGCCCUUCACCUGCUCCGACUGCGGCAAAGGCUUCAAGUCGUCCAAUUACCUGAAGAGGCACAGGCGCCUGCACGCCAGCGAGCGCCCCUACACCUGCAGCGACUGCGGCAAAGGCUUCACCCAGUCCAAAGACCUGCUGUCCCACCGGCGCCUCCACACUGGGGAGCACCCCUACCGCUGCACCGAGUGCGGCAAGAGCUUCAUCCAGUCCAGUCACCUGCUGGAGCACCAGCGCACCCACACUGGGGAGCGGCCCUACACCUGCGCCCAGUGCGGCAAGGGCUUCAGCCAGUCCUCUCACCUGCUGGAGCACCAGCGCACCCACACUGGGGAGCGCCCCUACACCUGCACCCAGUGCGGCAAGACCUUCAACCACUCCAGUCACCUGCUGGAGCACCAACACACCCACACCGGCGAGCGCCCCUACACCUGCGCCCAGUGCGGCAAGAGCUUCACCCACUCAAACACCCUGCUGUCCCACAAGCGCACCCACACCGGGGAGCGGCCCUACACCUGCACCCAGUGCGACAAGCGCUUCACCCGGUCCAGUCGCCUGCUGGAGCACCAGCGCACCCACACCGCGGAGCGGCCCUACACCUGCGACCAAUGCGGCAAGUACUUCAGCUGCUCCAGCAGCUUGCUGGUGCACCAGCGCACCCACACCGGGGAGCGCCCCUACGCCUGUGCCCAGUGCGGCAAGAGCUUCACCCACUCCAGCACCCUGCUGUCCCACCAGCGCACCCACACCGGGGAGCGCCCCUACGCCUGUGUCCAGUGCGACAAGCGCUUCACCCGGUCCAGUCACCUGCUGAAGCACCAGCGCACCCACACUGGGGAGCGGCCCUACACCUGCACCCAAUGCGGCAAGGGCUUCAUCUGCUCCAACAGCCUGCUGGUGCACCAGCGCACCCACACCGGGGAGCGCCCCUACAUCUGCACCCAGUGCGGCAAGGGCUUCAACCGUUCUAGUCACCUGCUGGAGCACCAGCGCACCCACACCGGGGAGCGGCCCUACACCUGCACCCAGUGCGGCAAGCACUUCACCCGGUCCAGCAACCUGCUGGUGCACCAGCGCACUCACACUGGCGAGCGCCCCUACACCUGCGUCCAGUGCGGCAAGGGCUUCACCAGCUCCUCCAAGCUACUGACCCACCAGCGGGUGCACUCCGGCGACCGACCCGUUCCCAGCCCGGUGUGUGGAGAGCGUUUUGCCAUGGCCUCCCAUGCCCUGUCUCACCAGCGCGUGCACACCAGUGGCCAGCCCUACGACUGCCCGUACUGUGGUGAG